AUGGAUUUCCUCCGGGCCCAGGAGGAAGCAGCUAAGCGAAAACGAGAUGCCGAUGAGAUGUACCAGUCAGUGGUUCGAAAUUGUCAGCGUGCCGGCACAGCUGUACCUCCGUAUGACUUUCUGGAGCUUAUUGGAAAGGGUGCGUUUGGUCGCGUCUACAAAGCUCGGUCUCAAAGCACAGGCGAUCUGGUGGCCAUCAAAAUCACCAACAUCGACGAAGAGGACUUCCGUGCCGAGUACGACCGCAUGGAUGAGACUAUUCGAGAUUUCAGGAAGGAAGUAAGCAUCCUACAGCAGCUGAAGGACAGCAAGACCAAGAACGUCAAUGUAAUCCAUGACGCUUUUGAUCUCCAUUCGCAGUUGUGGAUUGUGGCAGACUAUUGCACCGGCGGUAGCAUACGCACCCUCAUGCGGCCAUUUCAACGAGAGAAGCUUGGUCUUGAGGAGAAGUACAUCAUUCCUAUUGCUCGAGAGCUUCUCGUGGCUCUUAAAGGCAUGCAUGAUAUUGGUAUCAUUCAUCGAGACGUAAAGUGUGCCAAUGUCUAUGUCACUGAGGAUGGUGAGAUCCAACUUGGCGAUUUUGGAAUCGUCGGCGUCCUUGAAGAUGGAGUCUCUUCCAAGCGGAAGACUAUCGUCGGAACUCCACAUUGGAUGCCAAAGGAGAUUGUUGACGUAAUGACCGGGGUCACCACAGAAGAAAAACCAUAUGGAACCGAAAUUGACAUUUGGUCUUUUGGGUGCACAGUUUACGAAAUGGCUGCGGGACACCCUCCGUAUCAUGACGUUGGUCUCGGUCAGAGACUGGCUCGCAAACUUGAGCGCGCACCGCGCCUGGAAGACGACGCAUUUUCGAAAGAUCUCAAAGACUUGGUGGCGUUUUGCCUCAAUCCAGACCAGCAAGCGAGGCCAUCAGCCGAGGCCAUCCUGCAGCAUCCCUACAUUGCAGGGACCAGCAAGCGCUAUCCCACCAGCAAUCUCGUCAAACUCAUCGAGAAUUUCAAAGUGUGGGAAUAUGGCGGUGGCUCACGAUCGUCACUUUGGAUGGCCGGUCCUACUGAUUUGCAAUAUACCGAUAUCGAUGAAGACGACGAUUCCGAAGACGACGCCCAUUCCUCAGACGGGUGGAAUUUUAGCACUUCGGAAAGCUUCGACGAG